GUUACUUUGUUUUGAACAUCUACGAUAAACAUGGCGGCGCCCCAAGUGUACUGAAGUGGUGAAAUCGUACAUGUUUAAAGACAGGGUUUUGCUUCCACGACGGAUAUUUCUUACUGUUUUGAAUAUUAUUGCAUCUUAGUAGGUAUUUCAUCGAUUGGUUUUGGAGAGAUUCUAAUCAGAGUAUGUUGCACGGUUCUGUUUGUGAAGUGGUGGUGUUGACAGCAGCAUUCACAUUGCCUCGCCAUGGCUCCCCAGGGAGAUGACAGCCUAGCUACAUUUCAGGCUACUUUGGAAGACUGGAAUGCCAAAUUUUCCAGUGAGGCAAAUUUCGAUCCUAUUCCAAUUUUGAACAAGCUUGCGCAGUUGCUGGAACAUGCUACUGAGGAUUUUUAUAAAAUGGACCCUGACCCCCUGGAUGAUAGGCCUCCCGGGCGUCAAAUCCCCACCUGUGGCCUUGGUCAGAUGAUGAAAGUGAUUUUCAAAAAUGAGGACUUUAUGAAUACUAUUGUUGGUUCAUACUUGUUGAAAGGCUCUUAUCGUGAUGGAGGUCCAAUAUUCACCGCGGCCUGCAGAGUGUUGCUUGUGCUGCUACCUGGGUUAGAGACAAGUGUUCCUUUUAGAGAAACGGAAGGUGUAGUUGAAAGGCUGUGCCAUUGGACUGAGUUUGCAGAUGAGCCCCUGAAGUCGUAUGCCACAGGGUUGUUGGGAGGGGCCAUGGAACUCAAUGACAUUGCUGUGCGCUUCAGGGACGAAAGCCUGCACCUGGUCCCGAUCAUGCUGAAUCGACUGCAUGAGCUUAUGGCAGAAGCAAAAAAAGAGGUGGAGACACAGAAAGAGCAGGAGGGUCUCAGUAGCAUUGAGGAAACGGGCAGGUCGAGCAAGGAGGAGGUUGGAAAGUCGCCCAGACACUUUGCCAGUCUGGCUACAGGGGAGACACCUGCUUCUGUUCCUCGUAGGAAAGAUAUGAGCCCGGCGAGUGCCUCUGAGAAAGGAGACUACCGAGGCUCUCUGAAGAGGUCGUUGUCCCCCAGCCACAGUUUCAGUGUGCCCAAACGGAGCAGGACCUCGAGCGAAAAUCUCAGCUUCUUUGACCCGGAGCACAGCAACAGCAGCUGGGCAGAAAUCCGUCCGUAUGUGAUCGGUACAUAUUGCUUGGAGCCGUUGAGUGUGUCCAUGAAGCAGCGUCUGAUACUUCAGUACCUGACGCCUCUUGGAGAUUACCACGAGCUGUUGAGUCCUAUCCUGGCCCACAAUGCCUUGGACUUGAUCUUCUUCUACAUCAAUCUGAAUGAGAACAGAGAUGUCAGACUGGCGUUUGAGGCUCUUAGGUUCCUGUCUGUGAUUUUGUGUCACAAGAAGUUUGCGGCUGAAUUCAUCAGCAAAGGUGGCAUUCAGAAGUUGCUGGAGAUCCACAGGCCGUCCAUUGCAGCCACAGGCGUUUCUUUGUGUUUCUACUACAUCACUUACUUUGAAGAUGCAACAGAGAGGCUGAGCAUGCUCCCAGAAAGUGUCUUGUCUGAUGUGGUCUCCUACAACCUGUGGCUGAUGGAAUGUUCCCACGACUCCAGCACCUGCCACGCCUGCCUGUUCUUCUCUCAGUCCUUCACAUACAAAGUCAUCCUGCGGCUGUUUGACCAGAAGGACGGCAUGCGCAAGCUCAUCAAUGUGAUCUCCACCCUGAGCAUCCACAGCCUGGAAGGGGCUAACGAUGAAUCUGAGGACGCUCUUCACCAGAUGCGACAGAGAGCACGCCUGGUGUGUGGCACACUGCGCAUGUACUUCAAGACACACAACAUUCUCAAGGCAGAUGAACUGAGGAGGGUUCACCACCAUGAGGGAGGCAGCUCUUCUGUGAGAGAGGGAAAGUGUGUGAAGGACACGAAGCAUUCGAUGGAAGAAGAAGUGGAUGUAUUGCUGAACUACCUGCCGCCCAGGUCUGACUGGCUGCCGGAGAUUCUGAUCAACAAGUUGGGAGGGCUGUCCAUCUUGUGCCAGCACAUUGCCCUCUCCCCGACCUGGGAGAAUUAUCAGGGAAAGACGGACACGAUUGUGGCGGCCUUGGACGUGCUCAGCAUGUGCAGCGUGUCCCACAGGACCCAGCUAUUGCUCAACGGCAACGUCAGCCUCAGGAACAAUGUCGUCACGCCGAUCAUGUGUAUACUGGUGCGUCUGGCAGAGGGUGAAGUGGUCAGCGAUGCCGAGAUUCAGAAGUCAGCGCUGAGGGUCAUCUGUAACUGUGUGUGUGGACCUUUUGAAAGGUUUGGGAAUGGAGUUCUGAGGUACCACCCCAGCAGCAGUCGCAAGAAGAACAACAGUGGUGAGGAAGAUCUCCUAUCGACCAUGUGGAACAGCAUCCGCACAAACAAUGGCAUUAUGGUGGUGUUGAAACUGCUCAGCGUGAAAACACCCAUCACAGAUGCAGAUGCUAUUAGAACACUAGCCUGUAAGGCUCUCGUUGGCAUGUCAAGAUCGGAAACCAUUCGACAAAUUAUCGGCAAACUUCCCCCUCUCAACAAUGGACAGCUGCAGAGUUUGAUGAAAGAGCCGGUGCUGUCAGACUACCGUCAGAUUCACAUUCAGUUUUGCAAGUAUGCUUCAACCCUGCUGGAGAAGAUUGCGGGCAGACAGGCCAACAUCCUGGGUGCUGCCACAUUGGAGGAAAUUAGAAAAGCCAGUGUUGUUGCCCAGACAAAAAUUGUGUUCCAGGACAAAGAACUUUUGCAGCUCAUUCAUGAACAUCUAAUUUCCAAAGGGUUGUAUGAGGCAGCGACAGCUCUGCAGAAAGAAGCCAGCCUCCCAAAGUGUGCCACACCCCCACCCCACCCUCCAAGUGCCUCCUCACACAUAUACUCCCCAACCACCCCUAAAAUGGGUCGUCAGUUGAGCCAGCCAGCAGCAACUAAUGGGGCCAUGCCUAGUCAGAGCAGCAGAGAGAUCUUCCCUUCCACUCCUGGUUCCAGCAGCCAGAGUCCCUGCUCAAACUCAACCAUCACAGCAGCAACAGCAGCAGCAGCAGUCACGCCAACGACUUCAUCAACGCCAUCAUCUUCUUCAGACAGAGGUUUUGCGCCCAUACCUGGUCCAUCUCAGGUCAAGACUCCGGCCUGCCCCAGUAGCAGCAGUGUGGGCACGCCCGGUCACAUCAAGUUCACCCUGAACAAAACCCCCAACAACACACAUCAGCCAGCUGCUCUCCCGCCCAAGUCCACAAAGAGGCGGUUCCUAAAGGACCGGGAAGGCUACGUGCCCGCCGGCGGUCUGUCACGGACCAAAACCAGUGAGUACGACAUCUCGCUGGACAAGAUUGUGACCGAGUAUUUGCGGAAGCAGCACGCCCUCUGUCCACAGCCCAUCUCCACGUGUCCCACCAUGUCGCUGUUUGUCCCACACAGAUGUCCCGAACCUUUGGGCAAGACAAGUGCACCGUACUCAGUCUGUACUAGAAUGUUUGAGAGACAGAUCAGAGCUCCAUACGGUGGAGUAAAUGGACACCGCUUGGACCGACGGCAUGUGCACUCCAAACUACACCCCAUUCAGACGUUCAGAGACGGAAGUGGCGAUGGCUUAGCAUGCUGCUCCUUUGAUUUUGACAGUGACAGCAUUUUCAUCGGAUCUUUUGCUGGUGACCUUCGUGUUAUGAGGCUGUAUGCCAGUGAGAAUGAGUAUUACAGCACGGUGUGUCACUCUUCCCCUAUCAUCCACAUCAGUACCUCCAAAGUGAACCCAAACUUGUUGUUUACCAGCACCUGGGGAGCGUCCCAGAACUGUGCCCUCUGGUCUUACAACAGGGAUGGGCCUGAUAUGAAUCUGAAAUAUCGCCUAGACGAAUACACGGCAGUGUUGGCCAACCGCAGCUCAGAGAGGUUCAUCGGUACUAAAGAGAUGGUUGCAAAAAUUUACGAUACCUCGACGGGCUCGGUAGUACAGACUCUGUAUGACGAGGGCAAAGCCAACAACUACAAAUUCAAUGAAGCGACCUUCAGUCCUACAGAUGACCUUGUGCUUAACGAUGGCAAUCUGUGGGACGUGCGCACCAACAAAAUGGUCUACAAAUUUGACAAAUUCAACCAGUACACCAGCGGAUGUUUUCAUCCAGGCGGGCUGGAAGUAGUCAUUAACUCUGAGAUCUGGGACAUGCGUACAUUCCGCCUCCUGCACACGGUGCCCGCCCUAGACCAGUGCCAGAUCAUGUUCAACAAUAAUGGAGACAUCAUUUAUGCUGUGCGUGUUGAUGAUGAACCCAGUGAGACAGUGGUGCGGAGGGACUAUGCAUCUACACUGAGGACUUUUGACGCUACCGACUACACCAGCAUAGGCACCUUUGACUUGAAGACAAACAGUAUCUUUGAUGUGGCGGUGGACCGGAACGAUCUGCUCCUGGGCAUUGUGGAGAAUGCUUCGAAUGGUGACACUGAUUCUGAGGAGGCAUUUUGUCGUAUCUACGAGCUGGGAAAGACACGUGAACCAGAAGAUCAGAUUGAAGAUGAUGAUGACAACCCACAGAAUGAUGAACCGGACGAUUACGAUGAUGAUGAUGAUGAAGAUGACGAAGACGAUGAAGAUGACGAUGAUCUUGAUAUUGAUGAUCCCAUUUUAGAUUUUGUGGAAGCUUCUGACAACGAGAGCGACGGAGACAACAACCAGGAUGGGUUGGACGUGGCCGAGCUGAGCCCCAUUGGGAGCAGCGACGAUGGCAAUGAUGACGACGAUGAUGAUGAAGACGAUGCCUUGCUGGAUGAUUUGUUGUUUGAAUUAGUCUAAAUUGGAGGGGGGGGGGGGGGUGUUUGGUUGCACACCCCUGUGUAUUAAUGUUGAUUUAAUGGAUGUUCGCGGGCAGUAUUGCGUACAGACGUAAAUCAUUUCUGGCAUCUUUUGAGAUACGUCUGUAUGCAAUACUGCCUGCGUGUGGUGUGACUAGAGAAAGGAGUAACUCCUUCUCGUUCAUUUUUUUGCUGACCCCCCCAGAAAGCACGAUUGAAUGGAGUUGCACAUUUUUAUUGUGACACCAACAAUAUGUUCAGACAAUGGAUUUUGAGGUUCAUGGCGAUGAAUUUUGCAGCCAGUGCAUGGGUAUAAUAAUCCACAUUUCCCUUAAGUGCUGAACCCAGAACAGUAUUUUGCACGCCAUAUCAUAUACUAUAUAGUCAAGAGAUGUUUAUGAUGGUCACCUCUGUUGAAAAAAAAAAGUAUAUCUUUCUUGGAGUCCUGCAAAUGCUUCAUAACAUUGCUGUUGGAUUUUGGAACGGCUUUUUUCAAUUGUGGGUUUCCAGGUUCAUGUCUAAGGCCCCAGAAUUGGGCAGGUGAUUGGAAAAAAAACCAACACAAAGAAGUCAUAACGGUGCUUGGGCAUUGUCUGUCUGCAUUAAGUUUGGAAGAGAUGGGAGUGGGGAUGGAUGGGUUGGGGGGAGGGGGUGUAGAAGAAUGUAUGUACAUAGCUAUGUUGAAAACCAACAGUUCAUAGGAAUAGGAUAUAUUUUUUCAUAUUCCGAUCUGGUCGGCACUAGUUUGCAGUCAAUAAGCUUGUAGAGCUCAUGAUGAGCCUGAUGGAAAUUCUGUUUUUAGAUUCUGUAUUGUUUAGUUCAGCCGGGAAGAAGACGCGCAAGCUGUUUGUAUAUAUCUACAUUUGUUAUAUCUAUAUAUAAAUGUAUGUAUGUAUGACUUCAAGAAUAUCCAAUUCUGAGCUGUGAUGAUGAAGGAGACGAUGUAUCAAGCUUGCUUUGUGGAAAUUUGGAUAGUAGAUGGGAAAGACGGGCAGGAUUACUUGGAACCUGAUGCUGUUAUUGUUGUUGAAAGGGCAGUUGUCUUUGACUUGGAUCUCUUACUUUUCAGGCACAGCACUUUAUUCUUUACUUAUUAUCACAUCAUGCAUAGUGUAAUUGGAAAGAUGUGUGCAGAUGUUCCCUUCUCUUUGUUUAGUAGUCUUUAUGUCAGAUUUGUAGUAUAAAUACAUUUUGUAGUAUUUCUUUGAUUGUCCCAUCAUUUUAAAAUCAUUAUGAUUUUGCAGAUGAUAAAAUAAAGUAUGUAUCUGUUGGUCAACCUGUAAAUAUGUGUUUUUGAAAAUCGCUUAUUUCUGGGUCAAAAAAUUAGUUGUUUCGUGAAAGUUUAAAUUAUCAAUGGAAAUUUAUGACUUAAUACUGAUCUGGAAAUGAUGGAUUAUUCAUUAAGAGGGUUUAUGAAUGUAGAAUGGUGAAAAUCACUUGCAGACAAAAGUUGAAUUGAAUUAUAUUUCUGACUUUCUACACUCAGUCACCUCAGGUUCCCGGAGCUCUAUUCUGAGCCAAGAGCAGGAAAUGGAUCUGUAGUAGUUUCUAUGAAAGUCUGCUGUACUUUUGACUUGCUGUAUUAAACUUGUAAAGAAUUUUUCCUAUUGUUUGGUUGUGUCUUCAUGUUUGCUGUUUGUGCCCUUCAACUUCAUGUUACUUACAUUCACUUCUACCUGUCUGUUGUUUUUCAAUAUGUUGGGUGUUUUUAUCAUCAGUGUGCAUGAGUAUGUCACUCACUAUUCUGUUGUAGUAAAGAAUAGCAGUCUCCAGUUUGCCUUUUGGCGACACAAACACAUAUUUCCUAUUAUUAGGGGUGGUUUCAUGUACAUCUUAAUGUGUUUUAUUUCCUAUAAUUUUGACUUUCUGCUGUUUAAGUCUAAUUUUGUUAUUGAUGGGCAGCAUUUCUGUCACUGAUGCUAGUAUUAAAAGAAAGAGGAGUGGGGUGUAAAAGAAAGAAUUCCGUCAUACUCUGUACAUAUGUCAUUAAAGACUGUUCGGGACACAAACAUUUUCAGAGUUCCCUCUUUGAGAAAAAAGGAGUUUCGGAACUGAUAUUUCUCUGAAGUGUUGCAACAGUGUCAAGGCAAGGAGAGUCUUAACCAUUUACCAGCUCGAGGUGCCACGAUCAGCAGCUCACUAGAGGCACCAAUACAUCUAGACCUUGUGGUAAAUUUGCUAAAGUGUUUUGAGUUGUCUGUUAUGAGCUGCUAGAUCGACAGGGGUAAGCAUUAUGUUUUUGGAAUAGACUAGGGAUCUUCUUCUUGGCUUUAUUAGUAUUAAAACGUAAGUGAUCUACUGGCAGAAAUUCUGUCAAUUUCUUUAGAAUUGUGGGGCACAGUGAAGUUGGGCAAAUCCCAACAAAUCUAGAAAAUAAGACUAGAACUUGGCUCUUGAAUGAUCCAAUUCAAAAUUCAUUUCACGAUCUACAGUAAUACUGUAUUAAUUCCCUUGCACAGUUAGUGAGUUACUGUAUGUUACAUUAUUUUUUAAUGUGAUGAAUUAAUUUGGGUAAUGAGUGCAAACUGGUAUGUAGUCACAACUAAAGAAGAAGAAGCAAUGAAUGACUUACCAUCCUGUAUUGCAGUGGAAACAGGCUUGUUAAAACCAGUGUUCUUUUCUUAUAAACUGAUGUUUUUGCCUGAUCAAUUUGCAAAAAAAUUAUUUUUUGUGGUGAAUGUGCUGAAACAGUGUGUGGCAUUUUAAAGAAUUUUUAUUCCUGUUAUAAGAAUUUGGGGCAUGCACCAGAAUCAGGCUGGAUAGCUCCUUAGGGAGUAAAAGUUAAAGUAUCAAUUUUGAAAGGGUUAGAUAAUACAGUAAAAUCUCAGUUUAAAGGUAGAAGUUCACCUUCUGCUUAUUUAUGGCAAAUGUGCGCUCUGACAUUUGUUCACUUGUGUAGUGGUUAGGUGCUUAGCUGUCACCCGCGGGAGACCUGAGUUUGAUUCGUGAGUAGGCAGAACAUUUUUAUUGGGUAUCUUAUGCAGUUGCGAGCGCCGUAAAACCCCAUACUAAACUGAGUAUCUUGGUCUUUCUGUUGGGAUUUUGUAUCUCUCUCAGUCCGUGUUGACCCUGGUAGGCAAGGUUGGAAGCCCGCCUCCUAAAUGAUCUGAAUUGUAUCGAUAGGGGCGUAAAAACACCAACAGUGACCAGAUUUUUUUUUUGCAUGCGUUAGAACUGUACUUCUUUCACAGAGUAAAUGAAUAUUAUUGUUGUUGCAAGGAAAGUGAGAAACGCAUUAAAAAAAUUUUUUUUCUUAAUUACUAACCCUACUGUAAAGCAGGAGAGUUUUUCGUUUCUCUUUUGACAGCAACAAUACACCAAAAUGUUUUUCUAGUUUGCAAUUUUUUGGAGAAAUAGCUUAAAGGUUGAUCUCAACUAUUUGUUAUUGUAUUGCCGUUUUUUGGUCAGCAUUAUUGUUAACAUUGAUUCGUACGUUUCUUUUCGUUAUAUAUAUUGGCUUUCCUUGCUUUUUUUUUUUCUAUCUCAGUACAGUUUGUCAACGAUAGUGUGUAUAUAUUAAUCUUUUGGUUAGGAAUAUUGCCAGUCUUCCAAGUUUGAUGUCGUAUCAUGAAUAUCGUUUUAAAAUGUCUUCAAAUAUAAUCAGAGGUGACGCUGAUUUAUAUUUGGGGAAUAAGUGUUUUCUUGCUUUGUUUAUUGUUGCGACGAAUUAUUGGGCAAUUAUUGAAUCUCCCCAGGAAGACCGUUCACAUGUAUUGUUAAUUAUCAUCUUUAAUGAGCAUCAUCAAUUAUGACUGCAGCACGCCCCCCUGUGUUGGGUUUUAAUAUAUGUAAGGCACGUGUUAGAUGUAUCAAGUUAUCAUGGCUUUAUGUUGAUUUUAUCUAAAGAGUGAUGAAUAUACUUUUCAGACUGCUUUAAUAGGUAAGAGUAUAUGCUCAAGGCUAAACCAAUGUGGUUUAUGUGUCGUAUGGUGCGUAUAUUUUUUAAAACUCCUUAAUCUAAUUGAUAUAUAUAUCAUAUCUGAUCUAAGGAGUGCCAAUAAAAAUUAUUGAGAACAAAA